UAUCUUGUCUUUCCACUUGUUUCUACCUCAGAAGAACCUCUUGAAAUUCUGAACGCCCCUUGUUUACUUCAAAGUGUAGCGUCCAUUUUAAGUCAAACUUUAAACCACCCCUUUUGUGUUUUGUCUUUUGCUGUAGACAGAGUGAUAUAUAUAUAUAGAGAGAGAUUUUCUUGUUUGUAACCUUAGUUCUAACAGUAUUUUCCAAGGUUGAGAAAUGGGCAAGAAAAAAUAUUUAGAUUGGACUGCACGAUCCAUUAUGUCUACUGGAAGUGAAAGAGUCUCCUUAUUGAAUAAAGAUGCUAGGCGGAAGACAAAUGAGGAAGGAAGUUCUAGUGGUCCCGGGACAGAUCUUGAGGAUGGAGAAUCAGAGGCUGCCAAUGUUGGAUUUUGUAGAGUAUUUCUUCUGGCAAAGCCAGAUGCAGGCAAGCUAAUUAUUGCUACUAUUGCAUUGCUGAUAGCAUCAACAACAAAUCUUCUCAUACCAAAAUUUGGUGGUAUGGUAAUUGACAUUGUAUCAAGAGAAAUACAAACCCCUCAACAGCAAGCUGAAGCAUUAGAAGCCGUGAAAAACACGAUAUUGGCUAUUAUCUUAAUAGUUGUUACUGGCUCUCUGUCCACUGCACUACGAUCAUGGUUAUUUUCUUCAGUCAGUGAAAGGGUUGUUGCUCGACUGAGAAAGAAUUUGUUUAGUCACCUUAUCCAGCAAGAAAUAGCCUUCUUUGAUGUGACUCGGACUGGAGAACUGUUAAGCAGACUAUCAGAAGACACCCAAAUCAUUAAAAAUGCUGCAACUACCAACCUAUCAGAAGCUCUAAGAAACCUAACAACUGCACUUAUUGGGAUUGGAUUCAUGUUCUCAUCAUCCUGGAAGUUGACAUUGCUGUCUCUGGUUGUUGUGCCAAUCAUUUCUGUUGGUGUUCGCAAAUUUGGGCGCUAUCUGAGGGAGCUGUCACAUGAAACUCAAGCAGCUGCUGCAGUAGCUGCCUCCAUUGCUGAGGAAUCUUUUGGGGCCAUCAGAACAGUGAGAUCAUUUGCAAAAGAACAAUAUGCAAUAUCAGGUUACUCAGAGAAGGUCGAUGAGACCCUAAAACUAGGACUUCGACAAGCGAAAGUGGUUGGUCUAUUUUCCGGAGGGCUAAGUGCAGCAUCAACUUUGUCGGUUAUUGUUGUGGUGAUUUAUGGAGCUUAUUUGGCUAUAACAGGCUCCAUGACUGCAGGGUCUCUUACAUCCUUCAUUCUUUAUAGCCUGACAGUUGGGUCCUCGAUAUCGUCUCUAUCAGGUUUAUACACAACAGCGAUGAAAGCUGCAGGAGCUAGUAGGAGAGUUUUUCAGAUUCUAGAUCGUGUCUCAAGCAUGCCUACAUCAGGAGACAAGUGCCCUAGAAGUGACCCCGAUGGAGAUGUUGAACUGGACGAUGUAUGGUUUGCUUAUCCAUCUCGCCCGAGUCAUAUGGUUCUCAAGGGUAUAUCGCUAAAAUUGAGACCAGGAUCAAAAGUUGCCCUUGUUGGUCCAAGCGGUGGAGGAAAAACAACAAUUGCUAACUUGAUAGAGAGGUUCUAUGAUCCACUUAAGGGGAAGAUACUGCUCAAUGGGGUUUCGUUGGUGGAAAUAUCACAUGAAUAUUUACACAAAAAGAUUAGUAUAGUGAGCCAGGAACCUGUUCUUUUCAAUUGUUCAAUAGAAGAGAACAUUGCAUAUGGGUUCGACGGCAAAGCAAGAAGCACUGACAUAGAAAAUGCAGCGAAAAUGGCUAAUGCUCAUGACUUUGUAGAAUCCUUUCCGGAUAAAUAUCAAACUGUUGUUGGCGAACGUGGACUGAGGUUAUCAGGAGGGCAGAAGCAGAGAAUAGCAAUUGCCAGGGCCCUGUUGAUGGACCCUAGUGUGUUGCUUCUUGAUGAAGCGACUAGCGCGCUAGAUGCCGAGAGUGAAUACCUUGUGCAAUAUACAAGUCUUACUUUCCUUGUUUGAAAAAGAACGUCACUUUUCUAUACUUGGUAAGUUUUUACUUCACUUUUCCCUUAAUGACACUGCCUUACUGAAAUGAUAUGACAUGUUUAAAACCAUGAGAUUUAAAAGUUACUUUUGAUAUGUUAUACAUACAUUUAGUUCAGGACCAGCCAAAGAUUCAAAAGACUUCUUUAACUUAUUAAACUUUAUGUUGAGACCUAACUUAUUAAACUUUAUGUUGAGACCAACUAAGACAUGUAAAAUGAAAGAGAGGGAGUAUAAGUAAGAAAUAUCAACCUUAUAUGUAUGCUCAUUUCCAAGUUUCAUAAUUUAUACUGCAUUUUGAAAUAUAAGUCUUACAUUCCUGUUUAGUCUCCUAAAAAAAGAGUGUCACUUUCUAUAUUUUGUAAGUCUUGAAUUCAACAUUCCAUUGUUUCUCUUAACCACACUGCCUUAGGAAUGACAUAGCAUGUUUAAGACCAUGAGAUUCAAGGGUAUUUUUAUAUAUUAUGCAAAUUAACCUUUAGUUCAAGACCACAAGAUUCGUGUUCUUUCAAACCAAGACACAUAAAUGAUUUUUUUACCUCCAAUUUAUAGAAGCUAUCUGUUAUUUUGAUGUGUCAAUG